AUGGAACGUCUUGGUGUCCAGGAGGAUGACCGUCGCUUGGCUGCUGUUGAUGCUUCUGGACCGUUGCUGUACAGUGACAUUGCCGCGGCGCUUGUAUUGUUGAAGGCUGUAGUGGUCCACAGCGAUGCAUGCGGCCUUGUCCUUGUCCUCAGUGGCGUUGGUAGGAGCAGCCUAUAUUUGUUCCACGCUUACCUAACAACUGCUACUACAGCGCAUGGAGCAGCUGCUUCUUGUGUCAGCUUCCACAAACGUUCAUCCACAUUUGGACUAGAUACCCAGCACAGCAGUGUACUGGCGAAUGGAUCGAUUCAGGACAUCAGCAUCCAUGACACAUCUGAAACCACAAAUGCAUAUGCCAUGCUGUCCAGCACAACAUUAGCGCAUGUCUGA